CGAAGCAGAGUCGCGAUGGGAGGUGACAAGUUGAGGGACGGCAGUAUGCUACCGCAGGGCUAUGGAGUUAUGAGCGUUGCAUGGGACGACGAGCUUGCUGAAUUUGCCCAGCUGUGGGCAAACCAGUGCAUCGAAGGAUACGACUUAUGUCGCGCUACGUCCAAGUUCCCCGACCCAGGACAGUACAUGAUCAAAAACCGUUUUGAGUACGACACCUGGGUGCCGACUGUGUACAAGCAUACGAAAUUCAGGGACCCCCACUACGUAUCACCUGAGAAGAUCAACUACGUGGCGUACAUGACCAUACGAAGGUCCUACCAUGAUGCCCUUCAGGCUAUGUCUCCGGAUAUCAUCGAGGAGAAUUCUGGUGAAGAUGGAGUAUACGCAUCGGUGCCAGCAAUUAACUUCCUCUUCGGAAUGCAGACGCAUAUAGGCUGUGGGGUAUCAGCCUUUAAGGACUACGAGUACACCAUAGACUACAUGUUUCAUCAGAGAUAUAGAAGGAUACGGAAUGUAGUACUCCUAAUAUGCAACUACUCGGAGCGGUUGCCAAAGAAUGGUAAACUGUAUCACACGGAGCCGAAGGAAGGCACUGACUUGUGUGGCUGCCCACCAGGUUGGAGUGGAGAUGCUAGCUGCCUUUGUCGUGAAGCUUGUGGUACUUAUUGCAAGUCAAUACCAGAUAUUGCUAUUUUACCUAUUUUUAAAAUCGAAGAUGCACCACCAAGAAAGAUUGCUAAGCUCAGAAAUUAUGACUUAAAUAAGCCAAAUACUGAUAUUUAUGAGGUGGGAAGAGAUCCAGUAAUAGAAGAAGAAGUCAAGUAUUUCGAUCUCGCUCAAGCAGAAUUUCACACAAAACUAAAUAAUGCGACGAAAGAAGAUGCUGUAAAUUCCUUUUCACGUAAAACCAAUGUCAAUAGUGCCACAAAUAACGUUGGUGAUGAUUUGAAAGCACAUGAAGAUGUAUUUGAUUUACUCAAUAAAUUAGACAAUGAAAUAGAAAACAUUGAAAUAGGAGAGAAGGAAAAAGAAGAAAUUCACGAAAACGUAGCAAGCAUUUACAAAUUACUGACCGAUGAAGAACAAGAAUACGAAGAUGGCGACCGUAGAUACGCCAAUAAUAAUAAUUAUUAUCAGUCAGACAGUUAUAAUACAGCACAGACAAAUGAAGAUGGUUACAAUAAUAUAAAUUACAAUAGAAGUCCAAAUAGAGCACCAAAUUUCAGAAGUACGUACGAUAUGAAAAGUCAUCAUCGUAACGAAUAUUUUGGUACCAAAAAUAAUAAUAUAUACGCUGAAAGCUAUGGAAAUGGAGUAUAAAUGCGCAAAAUCUACCUGUACCUACCUCUAAGUUAAACUUGAGUAAUUAAAAUGUGGAACUGUGAUAUAGUGAAUUAAAACUAGAAUG